AUGGGUGGGGAAGCAGAGGCGGAAGAGGAGGAGGGGGGUGAGGAGGAGGAGGAGGAGGAGGAGGAGGAGGAGGAGGAGGAGGAGGAGGAGGAGGAGGAGGAGGAGGAGGAGGAGGUAGAAGAAGUGGAGGAAGGGGACGAAGAAGUGGAGGAGGAGGAAUCUGAAUGGGAUGAAGAAGGGAGUGAGGGAGAGGAGGAAUCGGAGUGA